AUGUCCGCCGCCAUGGAGACCACGAAGCUGGAGAAGAAGCCCGUGAAGUUCAGCAAUCUGCUGCUGGGCUCCGGGCUGAACAUGUUCGAGGUCUCGACUCUCGGACAGCCGCUGGAGGUCUUGAAGACCACCAUGGCUGCCAACCGUAAGGACGGCAUGGCGGGUGCUGUUGCGCGAGUAUGGAGCCGCGGUGGUUUCUUUGGGUUCUACCAAGGUCUCAUCCCAUGGGCUUGGAUCGAAGCCAGUACCAAGGGAGCUGUUCUUCUCUUCGUCGCGUCCGAGGCCGAGUACUACGCCAAGAGCUUCGGCGCCAGCAACUUCGUGGCAGGUAUUGGAGGUGGUAUGACCGGUGGUCUGGCACAGGCUUAUGCGACCAUGGGAUUCUGCACGUGCAUGAAGACGGUGGAAAUCACCAAGCACAAGGCUGUGGAAUCGGGUGUUAAGCCUCCAUCCACCUUUGCGACGUUCAUGGGAAUCUACAGGGCAGAGGGAAUUCGUGGAAUCAACAAGGGUGUGAACGCUGUUGCUGUGCRACAGGUCACCAACUGGGGAUCUCGUUUCGGUUUGAGCAGAGUCGCCGAAAACGGAAUCCGCAAUUUCAACGGCAAGACCGAUGGACAGAAACUCACUGCUCCCGAGAAGAUUCUCGCUUCCGCUCUUGGUGGUGGUCUCAGUGCCUGGAACCAGCCCAUCGAAGUCGUGCGCGUGGAGAUGCAGUCCAAGACCGUGGACCCGAACCGCCCAGCAAAGAUGACAGUCGGUAACACUUUCUCGUACAUUUACAAGCAGAACGGCAUCAAGGGUCUCUACCGUGGUGUUGCGCCGCGUAUCGGACUUGGUAUCUGGCAGACGGUGUGYAUGGUUGCACUGGGUGACAUCGCCAAGGAGGCAGUAGAGAAGCUCACAGGCGAGACGGUUACUGCUAAGCAUUGA